AUGUCAGGCUCAGGACCACCUCCCUUCGAGCCUUCAGUCGAACUUCUCGCCCCAUUGUCAGAAUCGAUCCAAGCUUCCAUCGCCCAAUACUCUUCUGCCUCAAAUCCCGCUGAAAAGGCAUUAGCCCUCAAAGCCAUACAAGCCACCUCCUCCAAGCUCUCCCUCGCAACCACAUCAAUCCCACGACGCUUCAGCGAGAUAAAUCUUCGACCAUACCUCAACGUAACCCUGCGACUAGCCUUCGAGAUCAGGCUCUUCGAAACCAUACCAUCCAAUUCCUCCAUCACGAUCGAAGAAGCAGCAUCAAAGGUCAACGCCAGCGAGGAGUUUAUCUUUCGCCUCAUCCGCGUCCUCGGUGCUUCCGAAAUUCUCGAAGUGUUUUAUCCUGAAGAAACAAGUAUUGGUCUCGUAUCUUUCUCCCACACGCCAAUAUCUAGCUUUCUGCUCUCUCCGCUCGCAAAAGCUAGCUUCAGGCACCAUUUCGAGACCAUGCUCCCUGCUCAACUUGGCUCUGUACCUGGAUACUAUCACAAGUAUGGAUUCAAGAGCCCGGAAGAUCAUAAGAAUGUGCCAUUUACAUUUGCCCAUGGUACUGUGGAUGAGGGUUACUUCGACAUACUCGUGAAAGAUGCGGAAAAGUUGACCAUUUUCAAUAACGCGAUGGAGAUCAUGGCUGUGCUGGGAUUGAAGUCGCUGGGAACUAUGUAUGCCUUUGAUCAAUUGGUGCCUAAUAAGGACGGUAUUGCGUUAGUCGACAUUGGUGGUGGGAAGGGACAUAUGUUGAAAGCCAUUCAGGCGGCAUAUCCAGAAAUGAGGGGAAAAUUGGUGCUGGAGGAUUUGAAGACGUGCAACCUAUCAAAGAAUAGGAUCGAAUUACUUCCUGAAAUCCAUCUUCCACGACUGGCCAGACAAAGCCUGCUUGCAAAUCUUAUUGAAUAUAGCACAAGUGAUGAGGGGUCAUCCCCAUUCCAAGCUACUGAUCUGCGAAAUGGUACUUUCGGAGCAACAUCCAGAGCCGAUACCAGUCAUGAGGGACAUUAA